AUGGAUGGCUCUAUCGCCGGGGUGGAAUCCGCGUCGGUCCAGCAAGGGACGCCGGUGCCUCGAGAAAGUAACAGCGACGGGCACCUGGGUCUCGCUAUCGCAUCUCAGAAUGUAGAGAGCACGGACCAACUAGACUACCAUCCGGAAGCUUCGUCUCAGCUCGUCCCGCAGAGUCGGCUCUCGAAGCGACAUCGGAGGGAGCCCGCCGAGCUGGCCCUCAAAAUCCACGCCAAGCGGUCGCAGUUUUCAGUCUCUCCGAGCCGCGUGCUGGGCAUGAUUUUGGCGAUCAGCUUACUCGUUUUCGGAGUCGCAUACAAGGUUACUCGAUGUAUGCGGGGGAAAUCAGGUGUACCGUCUUCUCUGAAGGCAGAUGGGGUCGGCGCGCGACGACUCGCCGCACAGGGGGCCCCCAUAUCGGAUGGCGCUUUCACCGUCGACAUGCUUAAAGAAUGCUUGGUUGAUCUGGAGGAAGUCUUGGAGCCGACUGCCGAAGUACAGAACGCAGGAAGAAGGGCUUGGCGGAGGAGUGCUUUGUCUCUCCUUUCCAGCCCACUGCUGGCCCGCGUGUCCACUUAUUUGGUUGUAGGCUUCCUGCUUUUUAAGGCGGCGGCAAGUAUAGCCAGCACUGUAGACGAAUCACUUGUUUCCCAGUGUGCCAUCUGCGCAGUCUGCGCUGCAGGAGCGCUACUGAUGUUUUUAUACCUUAAAAGGGGACUGCCAAUCUGGGCAAAGGCGAAGCGCAAACAGAGGUCGGAUGCCGCUCUCCGCUCGCUUUUGAGAGAAGCGAUCGAACGCAAGCCCAGCAUCCCCGAGGAGGAAACGCUCAUGGAUAUGGACGAGCCGGAGCUGGGUGACAUAGCACUGGAAUUUUCCAUGCCGGGUGAAUGGGACCCGCCUUCUUCUUCCGGAGAUCUAGAAUUUUGGCAGGCCCGCGAUCGGUGA